CAAAAAUACAUUGGUUAUGACAUGAAUAAAUUACCCGGAUAUUGAGGGUAUGUUUUAACAGCCACAGAAUCAGAUUAGAGACGUAGAUAACUGUUAUCUACGUAUCUGUUAGUGUUAAGAUAUAAAAACUACCCGAAAGAUCUCAGGAUUUGCUGCACUGUGACCACAUCAGGGUGUCAGGGUUUGCUACACUGUUACCACAGCAGGGUGUCAGGGUUUACUACGCUGUGACCACAGCAGGGUGCCAGGGAUUGGUGCACUGUGACCACAGAAGGGUGCCAGUACACAGGAGACAGUGAUGUUUAAAGGCCAGUUUGGGGAUAAAAAAUCUGAUCCAUUUAUUUGAUCAGAUGAAAUGGUCCAUAUGUCUUUGAGAUAGAUGUCAACAAGGUUAUUUGGGACUCAAGAUGGCCAAGAGUGCUCCAGGCACUGCAGGUCUUCCGUUGCUUGGCGACAAGUCUUAUGAAUUCUACAAGGAUCCUGUCAAAUUCCUGAUGAAACAUAUGGUGGACAACAAGUCUCGUGUUUUUCUGACGAGAUUUCUGAACAAGCCAACAGUGUUUGUUGGGUCCAAUAAAGUUGUUCAUGAAUUGUUGAAUGAACACAGUGAUAAGUUAGAAUUGGGCUACAAGCAAUUCAUGGAAGAAAUUUAUGGUGAAAAUAUUUUGUUUACAGAUGGAGAUUUCUCAACAGGGCUGCGGGAUGCGCUUAGCGAGUUGUUUACAGUGGAUGCAAUAAAAACAUACCAGUCGGAUAUAGACAGAAUCGUGAAGAAUGCCAUUAAAGAUAUACUUACUGGAGCACCAGUCUGCAUAUACAUGUUCUUCAAGAAACUUGCCAUCGAGAUUUGUCUGAGUCUGUUCUUAGGCUUAGAUUUCAGCCAAUCAGACGCGAGUUUAGUGACAGAUCUUACCGUGACCCAUUGGCAUGGUAUAAUAUCAGUGCCUGUUGCUGUAAAAAUACCCAUGAUGAGUGAGACUACAUACAGUAAAGCAUUGGAUGCAAAGAGAAAACUCCUGGAGAUCAUCAACGAGCGUCGCAAGGAGAAGCGUCAUCAGUUUCCGAAGCACGUUGAGAGACUUCCAAACUUCUCUGAUGUGCUGGUGAACAACCACCUGCUGCUGUUUACAUCCGCCCUCAUCCCGAAGGCUCUGUCGUCCAUUCUCACAUCGUUUAUGAUUGAGAUCGGUAGUGAGGUUGGAAAUCAAAACAUGCUGCUAGAAGACCCAGAUCUGUUGGAACGCCACCUUCUGGAAGUUGUUAGGUUGUACCCGCCAUUCCUGGCUGGAAGACGGAUCAUAUGCGAGGAAGUAACAUGUGGAGGGUAUCGGUUCCCAGCCGGCCAUGCUCUUCUGUACAUGACCUAUGCUGCACACAGGGACCCAGAUGUGUUUGACCAAUCAGAUGCCUUCAUGCCAGAGAGGUGGAGUCAAAGCAACAAAAAUGACCAAGAUAAGCUGUUCACAUUAGGGGCAGGGCCUCGGCAGUGCAUCGGGGAGCAGCUGGUGUGGACCAUCAUCAAGACUGUCAUCAAUGAGCUACUGAGGGAUUAUACUGUCAAGCUUUUACCUGACCAAGAUCUUGCAUACAAAUGGCUCCCUGUUUCCCGACCAAAGGGAAAUGUAUUGGUAACAUUCCAGGUUAGGAACAGUACUGUGUAAGUUGUUUGCUAUAACAGGAUACUGUGGACAAACUAAAAGGAGAAUCAUUGUAGCUGAGUUUGUGCAGCGAUCUGUUGGCGUUAAACUGUUAAAUAUUAUGUUUAUAUCCCAUUCAAUGAAGUUUCAAGAAGGUGAAUUUAGAAAUAUAUAAUGGAGUCCCUUUUUUGGUCGGACGUUUUGUAAGUUCGUGUAUCUACCUCUUGUAUUCUGAUCUGUUCUAUUUCAACUUAAAAUUUGUCAUCACAAUGAAGUGAAAAUCUGGAAGGUACCGGUACUUUAUCAUGCUCAGUUAUCAAAACAUUCCCAAGUUAUUUGAAUAGUCUAGUUAAUAUGCAUAAAAUUCAGCAAAAUUUUUAUUUUUUAUGCCCCUGGUAGGGUGGCAUAUAGCAGUUGAACUGUCCGUCAGUAUGUCAGUGUGUCAGUAUGUCAGUCAGUCUGUCCGUCCGAAAAAAACUUUAACAUUGGCCAUAACUUUUUCACUAUUGAAGAUAGCAACUUGAUAUUUGGCAUGCAUGUGUAUCUCAUGGAGCUGCACAUUUUGAGUGGUGAAAGGUCAAGGUCAUCCUUCAAGGUCAAAUGUGAAAUUUAUGGUGUCUGUCCAUCCGAAAACUUUACCAUUGGCCAUAACUUUUUCAAUAUUGAAGAUAGCAACUUGAUAUUUGGCAUGCAUGUGUAUCUCAUGAAGCUGAACAUUUUGAGUGGUGAAAAGUGAAGGUCAAGGUCAUCCUUCAAGGUCAAAUGUCAAAUAUAUGGCGUCUGUCCGUCCGAAAACUUUAACAUUGGCCAUAACUUUUUUAAUAUUGAAGAUAGCAACUUGAUAUUUGGCAUACAUGUGUAUCUCACGUAGCUGCACAUUUUGAGUGGUGGAAGUUUAAGGUCAAAGUCAUCCUUCAAGGUCAAAGGUAAAAAAAAAUAUUUAAAAAAAAUCAAAGCGGCGUUCUCAUUGAGAUGCACAUUUUGAUUGGUGGAAGGUCAAGGUCAUCCUUCAAGGUCAAGGUCAUCCUUCAAGGUCAAAGGUCAAAAAACAAACAAACAUCAAAGCGGCGUUCUCAUGGAGCUGCACAUUUUGAGUGGUAAAAGUUCAAGGUCAAGGUCAUCCUUCAAGGUCAAAGGUCAAAAAAAUUAAAAAUAUUUCAAAGCGGCGUUAUCAUGAAGCUGCACAUUUUGAGUGGUGAAAGUUCAAGGUCAAGGUCAUCCUUCAAGGUCAAGGUCAUUCUUCAAGGUCAAAGGUUAAAAUGUUUAAAAAAAUUCAAAGCGGCGUUCUUAUAAAGUUGCACAUUUUGAGUGGUGGAAGUUCAAGAUCAAGGUCAUCCUUCAAGGUAAAAGGUAAAAAAAAAAAAAAAAUCAAAGCGGCGCAAUAGGGGGCAUUGUGUUUCUGACGAACACAUCUCUUGUUUCUGUCAGCUUUUUUCUCUUAAUUUGGCAAAAUAAAAUUUUUUGUAGGAAAUAUGAUGCAUAUCAUGUUGUUCAUGUUGAUAUUCUCAUGUAUGUGAUGCAAUUACACUGCCUGGAAUGUAUCCAUUUCCAGACUUGUGCAAUACUCAAAUAAUUUUGUAUUUUUAUAUUUGUUAAGUUUAUGGGUUUUUGACUUUUAAAAAUUCGUUGUUUUUUAUAUUUGUACUUUUUAUACAUUGUAGUUGUUAAAUUGGAUGUUUAAACCUUCAGUUCACAAAAAAGUAGAAAUUUCUCUAAUGAACACCUUACAGAUUCACAUAUUUUAGCUCACCUUAGCACAUAUUGUUUGUCCGGUCACCUGUGUACAAAGACUAGGUCACCAGGUCGAAACUUAUGAAAUUCCUGUUACCACUAUAGCAGCCAUUUUUAGCUUGGCUGUUUUCGGAGAAAACCCGAGGUAUUGAUAUAGCCAGCUCGUCGUCAUGUUGUGUCGUCCGCAUCGUGCUAAAACCUUAACAUUUUGUCAAGGUUUUGAAAAUUGACUUUGAAAUCAAAUUACUUCAUUUUGUUACCUACAACUUUGAAACUUGGUAUGUAGCUGCACCUUGAUUAGUUCUACAUGCCACACCCACUUUUGGGUCACUAGGUCAAAGAUCAAGGUCACGGUGACCUUUAAAAAAAAACAAAUUCUGACAAGCUUUCAUUUAUUCACAACUGCACCGGCAGCCAAGCGUGGCACUCAUUAAGCGGUGCUCUUGUUAUCACUCAAUCACAAUGAAACUUGGUCAAAAUAGUUACAUUUACAAUAUCUAGACCAUGUUUACAUUUUGACAACCUAUAGAGGUAACAUUUAUGACUGAACCUGGAUUAUAAAUGGAAAUCAUGUUCAUCUUGACAAUAAUGAGGAAACCUUUGUCAGGUCCAAACACUUGGUCACCAAGACAUGUCUUUUGAAAACUUUAUUACCACUAUUAUUUAGAAGACACAUUUAUAAAUCAAUCUGGAUGAAAAAAGGUCACUAGGUCAAAUCCUGGAAGAAUUAUAUUACCACUGUAGAAGCACUAUUUAUUACUCAAUCUUGAUAAAACAGGGUUGUGUGUUUAGUGUGACAAUUUCAAGGUCAAGUUUGAAUAUUGGUCAAGCGUGGUAAAAAACUAGGUCGCUAGGGCAUGUCUUUGACAAUAAAUUACCCUAAACUCAGGUUAGCGCUUUAGGGCCAUAAUUGCCCUGCUGUUGAUAAUCGAGCCAUGUUCUGCGAAAACUUGGCAUAAUGCAUGUGUGGAAAAUGUCGUCCCUGAUUGCCUGACUUUCCGCCCAAACUGGAUUUUUGCUAAGAAGAGAUAUCAUUUAAACGAAAAAUGUUAUAAACCCGGUGCGGACUGCACAGGCUAAUCUGGGACGACACUUUAUGCACAUGCAUUAUGCCCAGUUUUCUCAGAACGCGGCUUAAUCUUGAGUCUGGUUUUGGAAAAAUGGAGCUUUAAAUAAUGCAUAUGCGUAAAGUGUCUUACCAUAAUAGCUUGUGCACUCUGCAUUUGCUAUUCUCGUACAACACUUUCCGCUUUAUGGUAUGUUUGGUGUAAAAGAAGUAUCUACUAAACAAAAAUCUAGUCUAGAAGGAAAGUGUCGUCCUUAUUAAGCAUGUGUGGACUGCAAAGACUGAUCUGGGACCACACUUUGUGAACAUUCAUUUAGCUCAGUUUUGUAUGCCCCCGGAUUGAAUGAUCGGGGGUAUAGUGUUUUUGGCCUGUCUGCAUUUUAUGUGUCGGUCAUUCUAUCCCAAAACUUAAACCUUGGUCAUAACUUUUGCAAUAUUGAAGAUAGCAACUUGGUAUUUGGCAUGCAAGUGUAUCUCAUGGUGCUGCACAUUUUGAGUGGUGAAAGGUCAAGGUCAUCCUUCAAGGUCAAAUAUAUGGCUUUAAAGCGGCACAGUAGGGGGCAUUGUGUUUCUGACAAAUACAUCUCUUGGUCAGACUAAGGCUUAACUUUAUAUUUAAAGAUGGUUUUAACCCUUUUUGUACCCAGUGUUGGGAGUGUAUUUUCUACUAACAAGAAGCUUUUUUGUGCAUAAAUAUAAUUAAACUGUAUUUCUUAAAACAGGACAUUUUUUAUAAAGUUUAAAAAAAAACAACCUCAAUACCCUUUAAAAUGCAUUGAGCGUUUUGUGGACUGGGGUUUGAAUAUUGUAAAAUUUGAUGAAAUUUACAUAAUAAAUAAUUAUUUUUUUUAUCUGUUUAUAUUCAAUCUACAUUCCAGUUUUGUUGAUGUUUAUGCAUUUGUUAUGUACAAGUUUGUCUUGUCUUGUGCAUUUUGUUUUGUUUGACACUGUUUGGAAAUAGGUUCCUUGCCAUAAACAAGGUACCUCAUCGUAUUAUAAGGAUUUUAUCUCCUGCUGGUACAUCUGAAGUUUCACUAUAUGUGUAUUUUGUAUGCAUAUCAAUAAUUGUGCUGUAGAUACAUUUGUUUGUUAUACAACAUUGUGUAAAUGGAAAGGCACUUUUUGACUGGUUUAAUUAACCAUUUGUGGUAGUCUUUGUAUUAUUUAUUGACUAGCAAUUAAUUGUACACAUUCAAUCCUUAGUUUUCAUUGCAUUCAUUGCAUGUUUGAAACAUUUGAGUGUAAAAAGCGUGCAUGUUAAUAAUUUAAUGUCAUUUGAAAUGAUGGAGCAAAAUUAGCACUGAAUUUCAUUUGAAUUGCCUCCUAAAAUUGCUAAUGAUUUUGUAGUUUAUCUUAUUAAGAAUUGAUAAAAUAUCAGCUAAUAUUUGUGCAUAGGUAUUAAAAAAGUAAACUCAUAUUUUUUAAAUACGGUGGCUGAUUACUUCACUUUCAUCAAAGUGGUCUCAGAACAGGCUAAAUUGUGUGCAUGUAUGUGUUAAAGGUACGUUAUGGUCUAGUACUAAGUUAAAUUUGAUGACAUUAUUGGUAACCAUAUGUACUAAUAAAUUAAUGCUACACUGAUUUGUCCCAUGUAAUGACCAAUUUUUAAUACACAUUCAAUCUGUCAAUUGCAUUUGUUGUUUAAUACAUACUUAAUUUUUAUAUAAACCCGUGAUAUUUUAAUAAAUCUGCGUUGACAAUUGACAUAUUUGGUACUUUGGACACAUUGAUGAAAUUGUAAAUUGCAAAUAAUAUGUUGUUUUUUUUAUUUUAUAGUAUAAAAUUUAUGACACACCUUAUGUUGUAUAUUGUAUGUGUUUACACACAUGUAUAAUGCACAUUGUAUGUAUCAUUGAUUGUAUUUAUUAUUUUAUUUGAUGCAAAUUUAUCUAAAAAAUUGACUAAUUGAUGAAACAUUAGAUCAAUUAAUAAAAAAAAUCUCAAACACAAUAGCCAAUUUAUGCUGUAUUGUCAACACUUGAUCUGUUACAUGCACUGAACAAUUUUAGGUCUACAUUUGGUCUGUGACAUGUGAUUACCAAUUUAAGGUCUACACUUUAUCUGUUACAUACACUGACCAACUUUAGGUCUACAUUUUGUCUGUGGCAAACAAUUACAAAUUUAUGGUCUACACUUAAUCUGUUACAUGGACUGACCAAUUUCAUGUGCCAUAUUACUCUGUUGUUGUUUUUUAAUUUAUGUUAUACAUUUUAACUGUAGCAUGCACUGACCAAUUUAUAGUCUACAAUUGAUGUACAUGUAUAACAUACGCUGACUUAUAUAACGUUUACAUUUGAUCUGUAUCAUGCACUGACCAAUAUAUGAUCUACAUUUGAGCUGCAAUAUUAACUGACCAAUGUAUUGUAUACAUUUGAUGUGUAAAGAAUCUGUCUAAUGAAUUAAUUUGAUCCGUUGCAUGUAAUCAAUUUCUAAUAAUCAUUUUAUCUGUUACAAAUAUUCCCAUGGAGCAAGACUAUACGUUUAUGUCACCAAAGCAACAUCCACAUAGUAUGCCAUGCUCUGUCCAUCUGAAUAAAGGAUACAUUAUUGUUGAUUAUCAUAGUUGGUUAUAUUACAGUAAGGUUAUUUGAUAUUAUAGUUUUACAACAUUAUAUAUGUUAUUUACUAAAAUUGUUUUUAAAUAUGUUUUCAAAUUAUGUAUUAACUACUAAAUAAAGAGCAUAUCCAAAUUG